AUGAGGAGUUUACUACAGCUUGGACGUUCUUUUUCUCGCUGCCGUGUACGUUUGUGCCAUCAGAGCGUGUACAAAAAUCACGGCAAUGUACGAAGUGUGGGAGUGGACCUCGGAGACAAAAAGCUGGAAAUCUCCUCCGGGAGGCUUGCUAAGUUUGCUGAUGGAUCUGCUGUAGUGCAGCUGGGCGACACCUCUGUGAUGGUGACAGCUGUGAGCAAAACCAAGCCAUCUCCCUCUCAGUUCAUGCCUCUGGUGGUAGACUACAGGCAGAAAGCAGCGGCGGCUGGAAGAAUCCCAACCAACUAUUUGAGGCGAGAACUUGGUACCACUGACAACGAGAUUCUCACCAGCAGACUCAUAGACAGAUCAAUUCGGCCUCUCUUCCCAUCGGGUUAUUUUUAUGACACUCAGAUUUUAUGUAAUUUGCUGGCUGUUGAUAGCGUCAACGAUCCAGACGUGCUAGCCAUCAAUGCAGCUUCAGCUGCUCUCGCUCUCUCGGACAUUCCUUGGAACGGACCUAUAGGUGCGGUGCGUAUGGGUUUGGUAGGUGGCGAGCUGCUGGUCAACCCUACCAGAGCAGAGAUGGCAUCCAGUACAUUGAACAUGAUUGUGGCAGGAGCCCCCAGCAGUCAAGUGGUGAUGAUCGAGGCGUCGGCCGAGAAUGUUCUGCAGCAGGACUUCUCUCAUGCUGUCAAGGUUGGCGUCAAGCACGCACAGCAAAUUAUCCUUGCUAUCCAGCAGCUGGCGCGAGAGCUCAAAGUCACCAAGCGCACACCGCCCAAGAUGUUCUCGGCCCCCGCCGACAUGGUGGCGCUCGUGCGGCAAUUGGCUUCAGAGAAGAUAUAUGCUGUAUUUACUGAUUAUACACAUGAUAAGAUUUCAAGAGACGAAGCAAUCAACAAGAUUCGCCUUGAGACCGAGGAAUACCUCAAAGAGAAAUUUCCUCAAGCCGAACCUUUUGAAAUCGUCGAGUCCUUCAACACUGUGAGCCGGGACAUCUUUAGAAAUUUAGUGCUCAACGAAUAUAGGAGAUGCGACGGCAGGGAGUUGGCAGCUUUGAGAGACAUCUCUUGCGACGUGGACCUCUUUAAACCACUUCACGGAUCCGCUUUGUUCCAAAGAGGACAAACCCAGGUUCUGUGUAGCGUCACAUUUGAUUCGCUGGAAUCCAGCGUCAAAGCGGACAUUGUUACCACAGCAUUGAGUGGUAUCAAGGACAAAAAUUUCAUGCUUCAUUAUGAAUUCCCACCUUACGCCACCAAUGAGAUCGGGAAGAUGGGAGGUCUGAACAGGAGAGAGCUCGGACAUGGGGCCCUAGCAGAGAAAGCGCUGCGACCAGUCAUCCCCAAGGACUUCCCUUUCACCAUCAGGGUCACGGCCGAGGUGCUGGAGUCAAACGGGUCUUCAUCAAUGGCCUCUGCAUGUGGGGGAAGCCUGGCUCUCAUGGAUGCGGGCGUCCCCAUCUCCUCGGCCGUGGCUGGUGUGGCCGUGGGCCUCAUCUCCAAGUGCAACCCUGACAAGCCCUCAGAGAUCCAGGACUACAGAUUGCUCACUGAUAUUUUGGGAAUAGAGGAUUACCUUGGAGAUAUGGACUUCAAACUGGCAGGAACCAACAAAGGCAUCACUGCGUUACAGGCAGAUGUGAAGAUUCCCGGUUUACCUCUCAAGGUGGUCAUGGAAGCCAUCCAACAAGCCACAGUUGCAAAGCGGGAGAUCUUGGGGAUCAUGAACAAAAGUCUGGCAAAGCCCAGGUCGAGCAGGAAGGCGAACGGCCCGGUCGUUGAGGAGGUGCGCGUGCCCGUGUCCAGGCGGGCUCUCUUCAUCGGACCGGGAGGUUACAACCUUCGACGGUUACAAGCUCAAACAGGCGUGACCAUCAGUCAGAUAGAUGAGGAGACAUUUUCCAUCUUUGCUCCCACACCGGGAGCGCUGAGCGAGGCGCAGGACUUCAUCAAGGAGAUCUGCAGAGAUGAUCAAGAGCAGGAGCUGGAAUUUGGUGCCAUUUACACAGCCACUAUCACUGACAUAUGUGACAUUGGCAUCAUGGUGAAGCUGUAUCCCAACAUGAGCCCUGCCCUUGUGCAUGUCUCCCAGUUGGACCACAGACGGAUUAAACAUCCAAGCGAUCUGUUUCAAGUGGGAGAGCAGAUUCAGUUGAAAUAUUUUGGACGGGACCCCAAGGACGGCAGGAUGCGCCUCUCACGCAAAGUACUUCAGUCUCCUCUCGCCACUCUGGUCAAGAGGCUGAGUGAUAAGCAGAGCAUCUCCAUGGAAACAGCCACAACCAAUUCCGAACUGUGA